AUGCGACGCGUACAGACGCAAUUGCGACCGCGCUACGCUCGACUUGCGCUGGCGUUAGCGCUACUUUAUUGCGCCCAAAAGACGUUCGGUCGCUCGCUUCUGGCCGCACUUAUCCGGCGGUACUUUCUGCGCUCGGGGGAAACGCCGAAACUUGUGUACCGAGCCACGCCAACAAACACGACACUGCUGGCUUUGUGUCCCGCACUAACGAAACACAAGUACUACCCGCCGCGGCUUUUGUUCAACGGACAUCUACAGACCGUUCGGUUUGCCUACGACGACAGAGGUCCGAAGAUCCGCUACAGACGUCAGCUACUAAAGUUACCGGACGACGGCGUCGUGUCUUUGGAUUGGGCUCUUUUACCGGACAGGAACGAUCCCUCGACGACACUGACGGAAGAGCGUCCACCACUACUUGGCUGCCCGAGAGACGCCACUGGGACCGCUCAACUCUUUUGCAGCGCGUACACUGACGAUCUCCGCUUUGUUCUGCACCAAUUGCGCGAGCAGUUUGAUUUCGCACGUGAAGCGUUCAUUGGCGCUGGCUUUUCGAUGGGGUCCAAUGUGCUGGUCAAAUACUUGGGCGAAGAUGGCAGCCGAACGCCGUUGACCGGUGCCAUUUCGAUUGGAAACCCGUUUGACUUGACCAUCUGCUCGGCGAACUUUGGUGACUCGCUGUUGCACCGGAUGACGUAUGACAAAGCGCUCAACAACAAUCUUCGUGAGCUGUUUUUCGACAAGUGCAAUGCAGCUGAGCAGUUUAGGAAUCACCCAGACGUGGACUUGGAGGUACUGAAGGCCACACGCACCGUACGUGACUUUGACGACACGCUGACGAAACACGUGUUCCACUACGACACAGUGGACGACUAUUACAGCGAUGCCGGAUCGGUGAAAAAGCUGGGCGGCGUGCGUGUGCCGCUGCUCUGUAUCAACGCAGAGGACGACCCGAUCAGCGUGAGCCGAGCUCUGCCGACAGUCGACGCAGUGGAAGCCAAUCCAUAUGUGAUCUUGUGCACGACCAAGUCAGGCGGCCACUUGGCCUUUUACGAAAGCUCACUCAAGUCGGUCUACGACCGCGAAUCGAACAUGUGGACAGCGUAUCCUAUCGCUGAAUUUGCCGAAGCUGUACGACUGAGCAGGAUCGCCGGACAGGUCGAGCGGUGUCCAAGAGAUGGAGCCGCUGCCAUAUCGGACAGACGUAGUCGUCUGUAA